AUGGAAAAGCAGUAAUAAUAAAAGCAGAGGUCUCCCAGUAUAGUUAAAAUAAACUUAGAAAUCGAGCCUUCCAGAAUCAGAAUCAGAAAGAAUUAUCAAAAAUUAGAAUUGCCUAAACACUAGCAAGUAAAAUAGCCGAAAGGAUCAGUUAGCAACACAAUGAGUUAAAUUGAUCUACAGUCAAUUCAAAGGACUCUAAAUGAACUAAAGGGUUUUGAUCCUUACCAAAAUUAAAAUACUGAUUAUGGUAGUUUUGGGAAAAGAAAUAGUAUGGGUGAGGCUCCUUCAAAUUUCAUGAGAUUAAGGAGAAGUCUAUGA